AUGGCAACUCUCGAAGAGCUUCUCGAUAGCCUCCACUACCUCUAUCCGGCUCUGGCUUUCACCUACUUCGUCGUUGCUUCGGCCGUUGCUGUUUGCACUCUUCAGACUCUCCGAGCUGCCAACAGCCCUGGAAAAGAGUUCAUUCCUCGCUCGUGGAUCCUCAAUCUCUUCGUCGCCUUCGUUUUGACCUACAUUGCCCAGCUUGCUAUCAUCGCCAUUCAAUCCAUCCUUCUGAAAGAAUGGAUUGGUCAGGAGCAUGAGGUCAUUGGCCUGCUUUCCUGCGUUCUUGUGUUCGGCACUCAGCUGGCCUUCCUCUCCGAUACGGCGCACCCAGUAUGGACGCCUUACUGGGGAUCAUGGCUCAUUUCUCUGGCACUCGAACCCAUGAUCGCCGUCCCAGACCUGAUUCUUCGGCGAUCCAGCACAUUCGAGCAUUGCCGCAUUGGCCAUUUUGUCUUCGCCGGCCUGCGCUACUACUUGCUCCUUACCAUCGUCUCUGUCUAUGUCGUUCAGCGUAUUCGAGCCAGCCAGGAAGAGGCCUCGGACGAAGAGCGACAGUCUCUGCUUGGCCAAGAUGACCCCAAGUCCCGGCUUAGCAGCUCUGGGAACGGUAGCCAGAGCUCGGGCUCGGGCUAUGGGACCAACGACCCUCCCGAGUCGUACUGGGCAGAAAGACAGCGCAAGGCCCAAGAGGAGAUGGAGAAGCGGCUCCAGGAAGAGGGCAACUGGCUCACGUAUAUCAAAGGCUUCACAAUCCUAUUCCCUUACAUCUGGCCUGUGGGCCAGAAAUCCCUGCAGCUGCGUCUUGUUCUUGUCGGCCUCUGUCUUCUUGCCGGCAAUGCUCUCAACCUUUUGAUUCCCCGCCAAUUCGGUAUCAUUGUCGACGAGCUCAAGGAUCGGGACUUCAGUGGUGCCUGGAUCGGCGUGGCCAUUUACGGCCUUUUGAGAAUUGCCGCCUCUGACGCCGGUAUCGAGUUCUUGCGUGAAUGGCUGUACCUCCCACUCGAGGUCUACGCCGAUGGGGCUUUGAGCACGGCUGCGUACCGACACAUCUUGAACCUGUCUGCGGAUUUCCACGACUCCAAGAGUACAUCCGACAUCAGCUUGGCCAUGUACGGUGGUUCCAGCAUUUCUGACCUUUUGGAGUCCAUCUGCUUUCAAGCUCUUCCCAUGUUGAUCGACCUGGUCGUUGCUGUUGUGUACCUGUCAGUCAUCCUUGGACCAUACGAGGGUCUCAUCACCAUUGCCACGAGCACUCUUUUCCUCUUCAUCGCCACGAAGAUGAUUGCUGUCAUGAAGGAGCGUCGCCGGGCUCAUGUGAACGCCCAGUACGCUGAGCACUACGUACGCCAGACUGGGAUUACCGGGUGGCACACCGUCGCGUCCUUCAACCAGACAACAUACGAGGAUGUUCGCUACUCGAACGCCAUCCACACUCGCAUCAACUGGACCAAACGUGUUCGUCUUGGUUGGUUUACGGCACAGGCGUUCCAGUCACUUGUCCUCCUCUGCGGUCUUUUGGCUGGUGCCAUUCUAGCCGUCUACAGGAUAAAGAGCAGCAAGGCCACGCCUGGUGACUUGACGAUGCUCCUGAUGUACUGGGCUCAGCUUACCUCGCCGCUACGCUUCAUGGCAAGUCUUGGUAAGAAGAUUGGAAGCGAUCUCAUCGACGCGGAGCGACUAUUGGACAUCAUGAAGAAGGAACCAACCAUUGUCAACAAAAAGGGGGCGCGGCCCCUCAAGCUUGUCGGUGGCAAUGUCGAGUUCAACGACGUCAGCUUCACAUAUGACAAAAAGAAGAAGAUCAUCAACGGAAUUACCCUUUCCGUCCCUGGCGGCCAGACGGUUGCAUUUGUCGGCGCUACCGGUGCUGGGAAGUCCACAAUGUUGAAGUUGCUCAACCGUUUCUACGAUGCCAGCGAAGGAUCCAUCCUGAUUGACGGGCAAGACGUUCGUGAAGUGGACUUGCACAGCCUGCGGGACCGGAUCGGUCUGGUGCCCCAGAACCCGAUCCUUUUUGACGAUACAAUCAUUAGCAACAUUCGAUAUGCGAGAAUUACGGCCUCCGACGACGAAGUAUUCGAAGCUUGCAAGGCGGCUUGUAUCCAUGAUAAGAUCAUGACUUUUACAGAUGGUUACAACACGCGGGUCGGCGAGAGAGGAAUUAAACUUUCUGGCGGCGAACUCCAGCGUGUCGCAAUUGCCCGCGCCAUCCUCAAGCAGCCUGAGAUUGUCCUUCUUGACGAGGCAACGAGUUCCGUGGAUACCGACACGGAGCAGAAGAUCCAACAGUCGUUCAUGCAGCUAUGCAAGGGACGGACGACCUUCAUAGUAGCGUAA